AUGGACAAUGCUGGAUGGGUGUACAGUGAAAAGGAGCACUGGCCUAAGGGUCUUGCUGGAGCUUGUUCAAACUCGAACUGUCAACUCAACGAGACAUGUAAACACAAGAGAUAUUCUGAGGAUAAAUUCUUUGAAUGUGUUUUGUCCGACUGUGGAAUACCCGAUCUAAAUGGAAUAUACCUGAAUACAACACGACGUGAGGACGCCAUUGGUAUACACAGGAGGAUACACGCCUCGUGUGCUGACGGAUACUCCCAGUCUGGUUCAGGGCGGCUGAACUGUCAAUCAAACGGAGAGUGGAAAUACGACAUUGUCUGUGAAGUUCCAGUUCCAUUGGAGCUUGCAUUUGGUAAACCUGCUGAACAAUCGUCAACGUAUUUAUUACAUGGGCCCGAGUAUGCAGUAGAUGGUAACAAUGGUACAAACCUUAUCCUAGACAACUGUGCACACACAGGUGAUGGCGACACAAAUCCGUGGUGGAUGGUGGAUCUGCAGGCUGUGUAUUCCAUCAAAUCUGUCAGAAUGCUCAACAGAGGAAUGGAUGAAUACGGAACGGAUGUGUCAUUCCGGCUGCAAGAUGUUACCGUCACUGUUGGACUGACAGAAUCAGAUGUCAACACUCCCUGUGGUUUCUUUGCUGGUCCUGGUACUCUGUCACAGCUGGUGGUCAUCGACUGUCCGACGUCACCACAGGGGAGAUUCGUAAAGAUCUCCAAGACAACUGAGUAUCUCACUCUUUGUGAAGUUGACGUGUUUGGAUUCUCCCUUUUAUCCUUAUCAUAA